AUGACAGCAAUUACUGAACUGCCAUCAAGCGAGCGCCCGGAGCCAGGCUCUCACAACAUCGCCUUCGGCCAGUUCCCCGCAACCAGCUCCACAACGCCUGCGGACCCGGAUCGCAUCGCCGGUGAGCUAAUCGACCAGCUCAACCAGUGCUUAUCAGCCAAGGAUAGCGCGGCGGUCUCUGCCCUCUUUCUUGAAAAUAGCUACUGGCGCGAUCACUUGUGUUAUGUUUGGGAUUAUCACACCAUCAAGGGGAGCGGUGCUAUCGCUGCCUUUGUGACUGGGCCAGAGACAUCGAGCAAGAUCGAAAUUGAUCGCUCUUCUGCUUUCAGGGCUCCGCAUGCUGGCCCAAUCGAUGCCUUUGGUGAUGUGCAUGGAAUCGAGUUCUUUAUUAAGGUCACCACACAUAAUGGACAGGGUAAUGGUGUUGUACGCUUGGCGGAGGAGUCCGGCAAGUGGAAGAUUUUCACUAUCUUUACCUCCUUGACUGAGGCUACUGGUAUCGACGAGGCUGUUGGUCCAAACCGACCUAUUGGUGCUCAGCAUGGGGAGCAACAAGGUCGAAAGAACUGGAAAGACCGUCGGGCCGACGAGGCCAAGUUCGAGAAUAAAGAUCCUGCGGUAUUGAUUGUUGGCGCGGGACAAGGUGGCUUGACGGCUGCUGCGCGUCUCAAGAUGCUCAACGUCGACACUCUGGUCGUUGACAGAGAAGAGAGAAUCGGCGACAGUUGGCGACACCGAUACCACCAGCUUGUGCUUCACGACCCUGUUUGGUACGACCAUAUGCCGUACCUACCGUUCCCAUCCAGCUGGCCGAUCUUCACACCAAAGGAUAAGCUGGCUGAUUUCUUUGAAUCGUACGUGAAGCUCCUAGAGCUUAAUGUCUGGACCCAGACCGAGGUGACUUCUUCUUCGUGGGACGAGAAGAAGAAGCAGUGGACUAUUGUCCUCGAGCGCAAAAACCUCGAUGGAACCACCGAGACACGCACCUUGCACCCGCGCCACGUCAUCCAAGCCACCGGCCAUUCGGGCAAGAAGAAGAUGCCCGAAUUCAAAGGAAUGGAGAACUUCAAAGGUGACCGCAUGUGUCACAGCUCUGAGUUUGCGGGCGCGAAGUCCGAGUCGAAGGGUAAGAAGGCUGUCGUCGUUGGAUCAUGCAAUUCAGGACACGACAUUGCUCAGGAUUACUUUGAGAAAGGCUAUGAUGUGACAAUGGUGCAGCGAAGCUCUACUUGCGUGGUCACCUCGGAAUCGAUCACGAAUAUCGGACUGAAGGGGUUGUAUGAAGAGUCUGGACCUUUGACCGAAGACGCUGAUACAUACCUGUGGAGCAUUCCGCCACCUCUUUUCAAGUCCCAGCAACUCAAAGUCACUAAAGUGAUGAAUCAGAACGAUGCGAAGAUUCUGGAAGGACUCGACAAGGCAGGAUUCAAGGUAGACAAGGGUCCCAUGGACGCGGGCCUAUUCUUCAAGUACUUCCAACGCGGAGGUGGAUACUACAUUGAUGUCGGCGCCAGCCAACUCAUAAUCGACGGAAAGGUCAAAGUCAAGCAAGGCCAAGAAAUCAGCGAGAUACUCCCCAACGGCCUGCGAUUCGCCGAUGGUUCCGAAUUGGAAGCAGAUGAAAUCGUCUUCGCGACUGGGUAUCAGAACAUGAGGACCCAGGCUCGGAUCAUCUUCGGCGACAAGGUUGCUGAUCGCGUUGGCGAUAUUUGGGGACUGGAUGAGGAGGGAGAGUUCCGCACAAUUUGGCGUCGGAGUGGUCAUCCCGGAUUCUGGUUCAUGGGGGGCAAUCUCGCCUUGUGCAGAUACUAUUCUCGCCUCUUGGCUUUGCAGAUUAAGGCAAUUGAGGAGGGUCUUACUACGUACUAG